AUGGACACACCUUCGAGCGAAGCGUCUUCAGAUACCUCGACAUCCUCAACAGCAAACCCUACUCCUGCUGACUCUUCGCCCUCGCAGAACCUCGACGAAAGGAUUCAAAGGAGCCAGAAUUCGAACAUGAGCAGCCCGGCCCUCAGUACGGAUGACUCGGACUCAGACUCUGAUGUCUCCAUGUCUGCUGGCACAGAUGAUGAGGAGGAUGACCGAACCCUUACCCAUCUGACGAAUCGCAAUUCGGAGCAAUCCAAGGUCCUCGGAAAGCGAAAGCUCUCGUCCGAGUCCCCCACUAGCCAAAUGGAAACCGAUAUGAGUAACGAGGCGCGAAAGCGCUUGAAGUUGGCUGGAUCGAUAGUGCCUUACCGGACGCCCAACGGCCGCCUACACUCGGACAAGUCUUUCUUACCUGCAGAAAUCUGGCACCGUAUUUUUACUUUCUGCCACCCAAGAGUCUUGGGCCGGCUGCUGCAAGUCAAUAAAUCUUUCAAUGCCUACAUUGAUCCUUCUUCCACUGCUCAUCCUGUUGUUCGUUCCCCCGAGUAUGUCAUACAAUUGCUUCAGCCAGAUGUCAUUUGGCGUGCCUCACGAUUACUUUUGCGCAACGCUCCAGAUGCCAGUUUUGUGGGAAGCAAGAUAAUCCAGGGGCUGCAGAUCAAUGGCAUCCAGGGCCUGGUGAAAACGGGGUGUCUCGCGUUUGGUCAUUUGGUAUAUGCAGUUGCGGGUCUUGCCUUGAAAAGAACACAGUCAAGGAAAUUUGAUCUCCUACUGUCGUCAGCGUUCGCGUCUCCCUUAAUGGUGGCUUUGCCAUUUAUAUUUAUGACAAAUGAAUAUCAUGUGCUAUCUUCACAUACUUUACAAUCCGGCCAUCCACCUGCGGCAAUUCAAAUUACCAAGAGGUUCCUCAAAUCUCAAAUCGAAGAGAUCAAGAAAGACUUCGAGGAUGCCAAGAGCUUAGGAGCUGCCACUGCCGAAGAAUGGCUUAAAGGAUUAGAAGAGCGUGGGAAGGAGAAGAGAUCUGACGGUUCUCGGUGGGAGCGAUGGGAAAACUCGGGUGGUCUCUUGAGCAUAGGCAUCUUGAAACCGCCUGUUGUCGAAGCUCCUAUAUCAGCGAAGAAAGAACCAAUCGUCAAGAUCGAGACAUCAACAUCGGAUGGCCUAAACUCGGUCAAUCAAUAUCAACUUGCUAACCCUCUUCCAUCAAGAAACUUCCCUCCCUUUUCAGCUGGCCGUCCUUUCCAGCCCAUCCAAACAUCACUUCCUAUGAACCCACCCAAUCGCUUCGAAUCACCAUCUCAAAACGGCUUUACUUCGUACGCACCUGCAAGACUAAAUCCUCAGCGACAGGAGAGAACCAGGGAGGAGGUAGAUCAGAUGAAGGCAGCGCGAAGAACUGAGAUAGAACGGCGUUGCAUGUCUUUGGAUCCUCCACUAACCCCAGGAGUGUUAGCACACAUGCCCUCGUUCCGAGCAGCCAUUCAAAUUAGCCAACAGCUUACUGACGGAUCGUGGGAAGUCCUAAAGCCAAGAUUGCUCUCACAACGGGAGGAAGCCGAGCAACGGGAACAUGACCAAUUAGCACAAAUCCGGAUAGCCCAGGAACAUUCGGAUGAACGCCAACAGCAAGAUAUCUCGGCUAGGUCCGACUCAAAAGAUUUAAUAGACCGUGAAUGGGACGACGUACAGGCACCCCUUCGAGCGAGAAUAGGUGGGUAUGCAGACGAAACCAUUUACAAUGGAUGGGAUCGAGGCAACAAAGUAAAUUACGAGAGUUCUCCGAAGUUUGCUGCAGAUGUCCUCAUCUAUGUCCGAAAGAGGUUUUACGCAGAGAUGGCCAAAGAUGAAGCCGCUAUGCGUGCAACUGGGCGGGAGCCGGACUCGGAUCCUCCAAACGGGCCCUAUCUUCGCAAAUUGAUUUUGGAAAACAUGAAAUGGGUUUUUGAUACCAAAAUCAAGCCUUAUACUGAGCCCUAUCGUAAGGAACUUUUUCUUUGUAAUGAUCCCCAUUGUGGUAUUCAUUCGAAAUGGUAUGGCUUUGAAGGCGUCAUUCAGCAUUUUGCAGCUAAGCACACGAGCACCCUCAGUGUAGGAAGCAUCGUGGUUCACUGGAAAUCGGAAUGGCCUGAGUAUCCCCCUUUCAAUCCAGACCCUUCCACAAUUCCGACUCCUCCAUACUAUAAUGGCCCACCAAGUGCCAGUGCACAAUAUUUGGGCAACGGACCUGUCUUGCAGCAGAAUCUUGGGUUUGGUGGGUAUCAGUCAGCACCUGUCUCAGGUCCGAUGCCAGGAUCUCUGGUCGCCUCGCAGCAGAAUCCCGUACCUGUGCCCAUGCCCCCUCCAAUGCACGCAUCUAACCCACAUGGAUACAAUCAGAGCCAGGCACCUUACUAUGGACCACCCAGAUUUGGUGAACAGUUCCAGCAGCAUCAGUCUAACCCAUAUCCACCUCCCCAACCAUACUCCGGGACUUCCCAAGGUUACCCGGUGCAGCAUUUCUCAGCUCCGUCAACUGUUAACGGGGGAUAUAACCAGACACCGCAGGACUACUCCCAACACGGAUACAGCCAACCUCAUCAGGUAGCGGGCCAUAUUGCGUUUAAUCCCACGGCCCGCGAAACGGUCUUUCCUGCGACCGCUCCCGUUGUCCCAGCACCCCAAGAUACGCAUAAUGCUCAGCACAACCACUACCCACUCAAUCAUGGUCAGCCGGUACCACAAGUUAACAAAACUCCUCCCCAAAAAAGUGAAGAGUACAAAGCGCAGCUGAAGGAAGUAGGUAAAAGUGUUCGCGAUACUUGGAAUACCAUCAAUCCGAUCAAGGAAAUUCCAGGAAGUGUUAAGGUAUAUACUAUUAUCCAUCAUCUUUUGGAGAAUUCUCGAGUCAACAACGACAACGAGCCUACACUUUCUAUGAUAAUAGAUGGUCUCUCUAACAACAAAGAGAUGCGGCCGGCUCGUAACAUCAACGGACUUCUGUGCAGAGCGUGUGUUUUAGGUCUUGCCGGGUCCAAGCCAAACCAGCCGAAGAAGCAUUUUUCUUUCCCACAGCUUGUUAACCACUUCCAUACUGUCCAUGAGCAAGCUUCGUCUAAAAACAGCAGCAGUUAUUCUCCUGAUUGGAGAAAGGAGAUGGUUGAGCUUCCGGAAAUAUCAAAGAUAUCACACAUUUUCCAAGGCAAUGAUGACCAAAGGCUCAAGCUUAUUACGGAGGCUCUUCCAGAGCUCUUACCUACGCCAAUAAGCAAUAACGAAAACAUCCAUCCACUUUCUGCCAAUGGUCAUACAGAAGCGACUUCACAUCCAUACCCCGAGCUUGUUCCAAGUCAAGACGGCCACCACAAUUACUACGCUAAGAGAAGCGAUACGGAACCAUCGAGCAACGGCAACAUUACAUAUGAGAGUGGAGAAUAUGAUCCGCGAAAUCCACAGGAGCUGCCAGUAGACGCACGGCCUGUCCCUCGAUUUGAACACCCCCGUGGUGAAUAUAUUCGCGAUGAUGGCUACGAGCCUUCCCGGGAGUAUGGCCAUCUCCGCCGUGAGGAAGAAGCUCGCGAGCUUUCGUCUGCGAAAUGGCAGGAGAACUCAUAUACAGAACCUGGACCGAGAACUCAGCAUCUUCAUGGGAGACAUCCUGAUAACUAUGAGCGUGCUGCAGAGAUAGACCGCAACCCUCGUUAUAGAGAUGUCGAUGAGCGGGACUAUCCAAUCCGCGCAGAGCCUGUUCCUGCUUAUACACCACGUGGCGCGGCUUAUGCCGAUGUUGGUUAUCGUGCACAGAACGUAGAGUCUUAUCAAAGCAACGUGAGGGAUAUUUCAUCAGCCAUGGAUGUCACGGCUCGAAAUAGGAUAUUCGAUGUCGUCGCACAGAUCUCGCAACAAGCUCAAAAGGCGCAUGACAGAUUACCUCAAGAUAUACCUGCGGAAGGCGGCUCUGAAGAUGGCGAGGUACGCACAGGUCAUGUCGCAGCGCAAGCUGAUGAUCACCAGAUUCGACCACAGACCGAAUCUUCUGAUGCCGCUGAGCGGUUUCUCAACACUUUCCUUCGUGAACCAUCACGCGACGAUGUUUCGCAAGCAAAGAUCCGCUAUUCUGGCGCUGAGCGAGCAUAUGAUAGGGAUUUCCAACGAGAUUAUCCAAGCAGCUAUGGGUAUCAAAUUGAAGCAGAAUCCCGCCGGCCUCGCAGUGGUAACGAUACGCAAGCUCGACCCUUGUCUGGAGGGGGUUUGCGGCAACCCACGAGAGAGGAAUAUUCUGAAUUGCAAUACAACGGCAACUUGCCGGCACAACCUCGAUCUUACGCCUACGAAGAUCGACAGAGAGAGCUCGUUGGCGUCCAAUACCGCGAGCGUUCUCCUGAAUUAGUAGAUCGACGAUAUAAAGUCAAUAAUGUUGUCUAUCGAGAUGAAAGACAAAACAGCCAUACCACUCAUCGGACACCGAGCAGAUACGCUCGUUAUGAGAGUGUUCGACUGGAGAACGACCGCGCACGUUCAAGAUCACCAGCAUACGUUAAUAAACCAGGUGGGCAAUCAGGGUAUAAUUCUCUGCGCAGCCCUGCUGGCCCACCCUUCCCCCAAGAUUCCGCUUAUCGUACACUUACGCCUCAACCAGCGGUUGAGGAAUUCACCCAUGGGGACCAUCCUCGGCAGGAAUAUUAUCGCAUCUACCCACCUGAUCCCCGCCCACGUUCUCCAGAAGCUUAUGAGCUCGUCCGGGUCGCAGAUGCGCAUGGAGAGUACGUUGUCCGUCGACCUAUCCGUCGCGGACCAGAGCCCUUCUAUGCUCCUUACGAAGACGAGGGUUACUCUAGAAGGCCGUUGCAUGAAAGACGUCCAUCAUAUGGCGCUCGGGUACCUGUGGAACGAGUAUCUGAGCCUCGAUUUGAGGAGUAUGAUCCGCGACAUCCGGAACCACCCCCUAUCACAACAGCCCGUCAGCCCAGCAGGUACUGA